UCUACUUCACAUCUCCCUUUAGCAUCGAUGCCCACCUCCUCCUGACGACUGAGCUCCACAGCCACGCUCCCUCGGCAUCUCACCCCCGUGUCUUUGCGACAGGUGGCCGGAGGUGGCAAGUUGACCGAACCAACCCCGGUCCGUUGGGCGGAUCCGUCUGUCGGCGUUCUGAAAUCACGAGCGUUUUUUUCUUCCUUCUUUCAGUUGGCCGAGUCCGCUGACCGACAAAAAGGACGAUUUGUUUUGCUCUUUUUCGGGGCUGAAAAGGUAAAGAGAGACAGAUAUUUUUUUCUUUAACGAGUCUUCUUCGUCCGGUGGGGAUCCCAAAGUGAUCGGUCACCAUGUGGGAGUUCCGGUCCAUGAAUUUUUGGCGGGCGGUCUUCGCGGAGUUCUUCGGGACCAUGUUCUUCGUAUUCUUCGGCAUGGGCGCCGCCCUGCGCUGGACCACCGGGCCUCACCACGUCCUUCACGUGGCCCUGUGCUUCGGGCUGGCGGCCGCCACUCUCAUCCAGUCCGUCGGCCACAUCAGCGGCGGCCACAUUAACCCCGCCGUCACCUUCGCCUACCUCAUCGGCUCGCAGCUGUCUCUUUUCCGCGCCGUUUUCUACAUGGUCGCCCAGUGCCUGGGGGCCGUGGCCGGGGCCGCCGUCCUUUACGGGGUCACGCCCGGCAACAUGAGGGGCAACAUGGCGAUGAACACGCUGCAGCCGGGCAUCAGUGUGGGGAUGGCCACCACCGUGGAGGUGUUCCUCACCAUGCAGCUGGUGGUGUGCGUCUUCGCCGUGACCGACGAGAGGAGAAACGGUCGCAUGGGAUCCGCCGCCCUGUCCAUCGGCUUCUCCGUCACCAUUGGACAUCUCAUGGGGAUGUACUACACCGGUGCUGGGAUGAACCCUGCCAGGUCCUUUGCCCCCGCUCUGCUCCUCAGGAACUUCCUCAACCACUGGGUGUACUGGGUCGGGCCGAUGAUGGGAGGCGCGUUGGGCGCCAUCCUGUACGAUUUCUUGCUCUUCCCACGCAUGAGAGGUCUGUCCGAGCGCCUGGCCACGCUGAAGGGCAGCCGGCCCCCCGAGAGCGAGGCCCAGCAGGACGCCCGCGUGGAGCCCAUCGAGCUCAAGACGCAAGCCCUAUAAACCUGCCCCCCCCUUCUCCUUGGGACGAGGGCCGAGGCCCUGAGCUACUACGCCAACCCCACCUCCCCCACCCCCCAUGCCUUCACACAACAUCGCAUGAAUACUAACCCGUGAUACGAUUUGUUUUCCAAUGCCGCUGUAAUAAAAAUAAAAACGACACAAACCUUCAACCUCAACACAAAAUGACACUCCUUGACCCCCCCGGAGUCCUCGCUCUGUAUUCUAAACUGGACAUUGUGUUUUUGGUAUAUAUGGCGACCAGAACCGGAACCAGCAGCUACCUCGUCCCCGUCCGGGGGGCGAGGGCAGGAUGAGGGUGAGGCGGGGAUGUGGG